AUGUAUUUUUAGAAAAUUGCUCUCUUAAUUUUUAUAGGUCCAUAAUAUUUUUUUUGAAUAUUAAUCAUAUUAGAAUUUAUAUCAGUAUCAUCUAAUCAAACUCAUUUUGCAACAAUAACUAAAGAUUAUUACAUAAUACUCUACCAAUGGAAAAACUUAAAUAUUUAACAGUAGGGAUAAGGAGUUAAAAUUGAAAAAAUAUAUAAAUGCUAUAAUAUUGAUAUUUUUGCUGAUAUAGAUAUCUUACUUGAUUGUUAUACUGAAGGACAUUUUCAUUUAUUAUAACUAAUGAAUACUAGUUUUGAAAUCGUUUAUUCAAUCUAAGCGAAUAAGCCAAUUAAAUCAUAAAUGCAAGGAAUUUAUAAUGAAUCAAAGCCUUUCCUAAUAUAUGCCUAAUAUUAUCAAAAUAUAUCCAUCAUAACAUUAUUCUCAUCUCAGUUUAAAAACUUAACAUUUUACUAAGAUUAAUUUAUACAGAUUGCUAUUCCAUUAAGAGAAAACCCUUUUAUAUAUAUACUUGAAUAAUCAAUCAUCAAAUUAUUUAUCAUUUCUUAGAAUAAUACUUUUGAAUUAAUAGCGCCAUUCGAUUUAGGAUUUUAUGGAAAAGUUGAUAAUUUUCAAGUUUAUUAUAACUAUUUAAUUUACUUUUAAUGUGAUUAAAUUUUGGUUAAUUACUAUGAUAAAAAAUAUAGAGAAGAAUACUUCGGAUGUUAAAAUCAAUUCAUUUCUUUAAACGAUUAUUUUAUUAAUAUUAAACAAUAAAAAUUGAUUUAAUCUUUUUUGAAUAAUGAAUUUAUUGUAAUUUAAUAAGAACUGCAACUUACCCUUUAUCAAUAAUAAGAAUCCAAUUCUAUUGGCUAAAUUUUAAUUAAUGACAACACUUAAAUAUAUUUAAAUACUUAUGAUAACUAUCUAUUUACAUUUAACAGAUAAAUAAUUGUCUAUGAAUUGAAAAUACAAUAAUUAUCAAUUAAUUUAACAGAUUAAUAAGUUUAAGGAAUAACUUAUGAUAUCACAAUUUUUGCUAAAUAAUUUAAUCUGACUUUCACUGGUAUUUGUAAAAUGUUUAUGUCUAUUACAAUUCUAGAUUAGAAUGAUACAAAUAUUUAUGUAGUUUUUAAUAAAAAUUUCCCUCAGUAUCGAUCUAUUAAGGAAGGAUUGAUAUAUAUAAAAAAUUCAUUUAACUUGGCCUAAUUAUACAAAGGCUACUUGAUAGGAGUUACAAAUGAAUCAAUAUAAAUCUUGGAUAUAUCCAUCACUUCUUACUCUUAUGAAACAUUGAUGGAUAUUAAUAUUUCUAUUCAGGCUCAGUAAUUAUAAGUUUCUGCUUGUAAUUACUAUUCAUUUUCAUAUUGCAAUUUAAUAAUAGGACUUAGUGAUGAUUAUACAAUUUACCUUUAUUUAAUUUACCUUUAAAAAAAUUACUACUCCUCUUCAGAGUUUAAAUUUGAAUAAUAAAUUUAGUAAUUUUUAAUUACGUAUUAUAAUUUGAUAACUUUGAUUAUAAAUCAAGAAAUUUAAAUCAUGACUUUGAAUUUUACUGAUUUAGUAAUCAUUAACGAAACUAUGAUUAAUACAUUAUUUAAUGCAGACAGUAAACUAAAAUUUAAUCCUAUUUAAAUAGUUGUAAAUAAUUAGCGUUUUUCUUAAUAUUUAUUAAUCAAUAAUAUUUAUAAUGUCAUAAUUAUUUCUAUCAUUUAAAGUAAUAUACUAAUUCCAAUUUCAAUCAUAGAGGUUAAUUCUAAAUUAAAUAAAUAAACAUUGUGAAUCAAUAAUUAGUUUUAUCUUAUAUUUGCAAUAAAGGCUUUGAUCUUUGUUUCUAAGUUUGGAGUAUAGAAAAUUUUAAAUAUCCUUUUUUUAUGAGAAAUAUGACCAGUGUAGAUUAUAAGAAUUAUCUAUAAAUACUAUCAGAUAACUUUUUUUUUAUGUUCAAUUUUUAAAUUACACAGUGUAUGUUUACAAUUCGUACUUACCUUAACAUAUGAGUUUAUAUUAUUAAAUCAAUUUAUCAACAAAAUUGAAUUGCACUGAUUAUUGGAAUUACGGAUCAAUUUUGUAUUUUGAAAACUAAAUCAAUUCAUUAUCAAUAUAACAAAGUUUUAAGCUUAAAGUAAAUUAAGCUUAAAACUUUUCGCGCUCUUACCCAUAAAUGAUUUAUAAUUAUACUGUUACUUCUUUGUUAAAUGUAACUGCUAAUUAAUCUACACCAAAUCAAAGCUUGACUUAUUUAUCAAAUUUCACUUAUUUCUAACCUAAAACUAUAAUAAUCAAAGAUUUGUUGAUAACAGAUUUAAAUUUAACUGAUCGAACUUUCACAAUUCCUAUGAAUAUAAUCCUUGAUAGACAGGCAAGUCUUUGUUAUUUUCCUAAAAGUUCUGAUGUUGAUAAUAUUGAUCGAUUUGAUUAAUCUGAUUAACAAUACUUUACAAAUGAUGAAUGCAAUUUAACUAAUUUUGGUUACUUUAAAACCACAAAAACUAAUCAAACUUACACAUUAGUAACUGCAGUAAAUAACUAAUUUUUUGUUCUGUAAAACAACAGUGUAAUCGAUAUUUAUAAUUAGUAUUUUGUAUAACUUACAUCAUUCAAUUAUUCUAAUUUAAAUUUUGCUGAGUGCUUGAAAUCAACAUCUUAUAAUUUAACUUUAUCUUCUAUAUGUCAAAACGACACUGCUUAAUAUUGGCUAAGCAUUUAUUUUGACUCUAAUGGAAGUGUUAUAAAUAGAAGCUUAUUGUAAAUACCUUUUAAAUUUACUUAUAUAAAGAAAAUUAGUAAUAUAGCCACUCUUAAUUUUAUUUUAGGCUCUAACAAUACAUAUAACAGAGGUUUGUAUGGUAUUUAUUAAUUAAUUUAAGUCUAUUUAUUGAAUCAAUUAAACCACACCAUGCAGUUACUUAGUUAAUAUAGAUGUGAAGAUUUUUCAGUAUCUUUAUAUAAUUCUAGUUUAGAUAUGAAUUAGUCAAAUUU